UAGGAGUGAAAUUACUCCUAUAUUACCGUUGUUUUACGAGUUAUUUACGUGUGUUUAGUGAUCUUUUUUAUGCAUAUUAGGUCUCAUUUCUUUGUUGAGCGUUUCAGGUACUACCACGUAGAUUUCACGGAGUUUAGGACCUAAUCGGAGCAAUACGGUGAAGUCUAAGCAAGAUCGGAGUUGGAUAGGCGUUUCGAGUUAGUGUCGGAGCUGUUUCUGAGAGUUUGGCUGAGGGAAGAUGGAAGGCACGAUGGAACCAACGUGCCUCGCAUCGUGCCUCCAGUCUUAUACAUGUUUUGUUGGAAGGCGAGAUGGUAGGCACGAUGGAGGCAUCGUGCCUCGCAUCGUGCCUUAGGAAAAUGUGUGCUGAAAUUGCAAGGCACGAUGGCUUCAACGCGCCUCGCAACGCGCCUUCCAUCGUGCCUGUCUGCUGAGUUGUCCAAAAAUUACGUUUUGGUCCGAUCUUUCAUUCCGAUUCUAAAAUUAUGAAAGGGCGACUUCGGGACUUCACCAAAAUACGAGUCUAAAGCUGACAGCGGGUAUAUAUAGUGGAUUUUACAGCAUAAUUAGGGUUCGCUUAGUUCGUUUACCAUUCUAUUAGACUAAAAACACUAGAUUAGCUUUAUUUUCAGUAUUAGUUCAUCGUUCUUCGAUUUGAUUACUCUUUGAGCUGGAUUUUAUUCUUCGAUAUUAUAUUGGGAUUUUUAUGCGAUUAAGGUACGAUAAUUCAGAGAGAUCUUUUUCAUUGAUUAUCUUAUCAAUUAUGAAUUCUAUAUAUUAUAUUGUUGGUUUAUCUUUGAUCAUGAGUAACUAAACCCAUUGUCGGGGAUUAUUGAUUGAAUUUAUGCUUAAUUAAUUAAUUGGUUUAUUGGGUUUUUGUUAUAAUUGCGUAUUAAUUACUGUUCUUAAUGCUUAGUUUAAUUUGAUCACUUAAACUAUUGGCUUGUGUUUUAAUUGUAACUUGAGAGAGUUGAAUUAAAAUAGACCGUGUAAUCAAUAACACAGGAGUUAACAACACGAGAGUGAAUUAGCGAAUGUGUGUUCUUUAGGUUUGCUUAACAAACAUCAAUCAAUUAAUUAUUUAGGUUAAUUAUAACACGAGAGUGAGUAGUUGCCUAUUAAUUGUUUAAUUGACUGUUUUUGCCUGUAGCGGCUUGAGAGAGAGCUAUAGGUGCCUUAGAUCAGCCUGAACCGCAAUUUGAUAACGAAAUCCAUAAACCAUGAGAUUAAUGGCAUAAAGUAGAUUAAUAAUCCCUGAUCUUUCUCAUUAUUGUUUAAAUCCUAUUUAAUUUACAGCCUCAGUUUACUUUAUUCUUUAAUUGUUUAAUCUAACUUUUAAAUUCACUUACUUCAAUCCAAAUUAUCUUUUUAACUAUCCGAAUCGAGUCUCCUAAUUGGUUGUCUUUAGAAGCUUUCUCUGUGGGUACGAUAUCCGGACUUUACAGUCUAUAUUACGAGUUGACACUGUACGCUUGCAGUAUUUUGCCAACAAGUUUUUGGCGCCGUUGCCGGGGAAAGCUUAUCUUUAACAACUAAGUUAGGAUAGCUUGGCUUGUUUUAGUUUUUAUUUUUCUGUUUUACGCGUGUGGUUUGUUGAUUGUGUUGUUUCAGGUACCCUUAUCAUAGUGUAUGCACAAUACACGACGCAAAGGACUACCGCUAGAACCGUUUCAGCAAGACCUCACUACCUUUGAGCGCAGUGUCAGAAAAUCAAAACACUCUCCUCAAAGGAACCUUAAUAUGGCUAACGAUGAUGAUGUUCCUCCUGGAUUCAACAAUGUGGGUGAUAACAGAGUGAUCCCGCAGGAUCCAAAUCAGCAGAAUGCACAAGGCCAGAACAAUGAUGGGCAGAGAGCGCCAACCUUGAUGGAAUUCUUUCAGCCAAAUGUGGGCAACACUACUCAUGGCUACUUUGCUCAUCCUGUGCGAACGCCUCACUAUGAAAUCAAGACGAGUUUCAUUCAGCUCUUAGAGGCUCGUUGUCAGUUCUAUGGUCUGCCUACUGAAGACCCAAAUGCACAUCUUGCAAACUUCCUAGAGGUGUGUAGUACAUUCAAGCUCAGUAACAUGACUGAAGAUGAAGUAUUGUUGCGCUUAUUCUCAUUUUCUCUGAGGGAUAGAGCAAAACAAUGGAUUCAUGCAUUACCUAGAGAGGGGAUCGAUACUUGGCCAGAUUUGGCAAAAGCUUUCAUGAGCAAAUAUUUCUCCAUGGCCAAGACUGCAAAGCUGACAAGGGAUAUUAUGCUCUAUCAGCAAAACGAUGGAGAAUCGAUUCAUGAAGCGUGGGAGCGAUACAAGGAGAUGCAGAGGAAAGUUCCCCAUCAUCACAUCACCAGGGAAAAUCUGAUCCAGAACUUCUAUAAUGGGUCCACUGAGUUGGGGAGAAGCGCUAUAGAUGUAGCUGCAGGCGGGUCACUGAUGAGGAAGACAACUGAUGAAGCAUUCGCUUUAUUAGAUGAGAUGGCCAUGAAUGGGUGUACUUGGCCGAAUGAAAGGGCAAGAGUACCUGCGCAGAAAGGACUAAUGGCAGUCACUGCUGAUCCGGCUGUGGAGAAUCUGAAAGCAAAGAAUGCUGCACUGCAAGCUCAGGUUGACAUUCUUAUGAGGCAGGCUGCAGGGAUGACUAUGGGGAAUGUUGCUGCAGUUCAGAGUAGCUGUGAAGUAUGUGGCGAUCCUACCCAUGUGGCAAAUGACUGCUAUGUGAUGGGACAGGGCUCCAAUGAGCAGGUCAAUUUUGUGGGAGGACAGAGGCAGGGCAAUGAUCCUUAUGCUGCUACUUACAAUCCAGGAUGGAGGAAUCACCCAAAUUUCUCAUGGAAGGAUAAUGGGGGUAAUGCCAACAAUCAGGCAGGUCCAACUUUUCAAGGAGGACAAAGGCCACAACAGAAUCAAGGCAACUUCCAGAAUCAAGGGAACUUCCAGAAUCAGGGGAAUUUCCAACAUCAAAAUAAUAGGCCACAGCAUCCACCUGGCUUUCAGCAGGGAGAGUCGCUCCACAGCAAGAUUGAUAAGAUGAUGGAGAUGAUGAUGAAGAAGGAUGCAGAGACGCAGCAAACGUUCAAGAAUCAUGCUGCUACUAUUCAUAACCUUGAGGUGCAGAACCAGCAGAUGGCUAAGGCCCUGCAGAACCGAAAUCAAGGGGGUUUACCAUCCACUACCGAGGAAAACCCCAGAGAGCAUCUCAAGGCUAUUGAAUUGAGGAGUGGGAAGGCAUUGGAUGAUCCAUAUGCAGUGAGUGCGACAGCAGAGGCGGAAAAGGGACAGUGUGAGGGUGGUGAGCCUGAAAAGGUAGUCACUAAGCCACCUCCACCACCUCCUUUUGUGCCAAAGGUGCCAUUCCCACAUAGAGUGAAGAAGCCAAAAGACACUUGGAAGUUUCAUCAGUUCUUAGAAACUUUCAAGAAGCUACAGAUCAACAUCAGCUUGGCAGACGCACUGAGAGAGAUGCCACACUACGCCAAGUUCCUGAAAGACAUCAUCACCAACAAGCGUAGUUGGGAAGCAGAGGGCACAGUACCUAUGACAGAGAACUGCAGCUCAAUCAUACUGAGCAAUCUACCGACGAAGCUCAAGGACCCAGGGAGUUUUACUAUUCCUUGUACUAUUGGUCAUAUGCAGUCUGUCAAUUGUUUGUGUGAUUUAGGCGCCAGUAUUAAUUUGAUGCCCUUAUCCCUGUUUCGUAGUAUGUUUGGUGAUCAGCAGGUACAGGCUACACCGAUGAUGCUACAGUUGGCGGAUCACUCUCUGAAGAAGCCACAUGGGAUUGUGGAGGAUGUCUUAGUUAAGGUCAACAAAUUCAUAUUCCCUGUGGAUUUUGUUGUCCUUGACUAUGCAGCUGACAAGGAGUGCCCGAUGAUUUUGGGGCGACCAUUCAUGAACACAGGCAGAGCUCUUAUCGAUGUUCAUGAUGGCAAGCUGACUUUGAGGAUUGGGGAUGAAAGCGUCGAGUUUGACAUGAAGAGAAUCACACGCCAUCCAAAUCCUGAAGAUGAGUGUAUGCGGGUAGACUUGGUAGAUGAGCUAGUGCGAGAGCAACUAGAAGGAGACGGAUCCAACAUGAAUGAUGAUCUGGAUCAAGAGAAGGAUUGUGUAUACAGUCUUGAUCUUGUGCCAGAAGAGGAAGCAUGGAUUGAGGAGCCAGUCACCGAACCGUUGAUGAAGAGCAAGCACAUCACUCCUCCUUCAUCAGAAAGGCCACCUAAGGUGGAGCUCAAGACUCUACCUGCACAUCUUCGGUAUGCUUUCUUGGGAGCUGACAGCACGUUACCUAUCAUUAUCAGCAAUAAGCUUACCAAGAAGCACGAGCAGAGGGUCAUCGAUGUAGUCAAGGGACGUAUCUUGGCUAUAGGGUGGCAGAUAUCCGAUAUCAGAGGGAUCAGCCCAUCAGUAGUGAUGCAUCGGAUCCAUCUCGAGGAUGAGUCUAAGGCAUCUGCACAGAGACAAAGACGGCUGAAUCCUAACAUGAAGGAAGUAGUUCACAAGGAGAUUGUGAAGCUACUGGACGCGGGCAUAAUCUAUCCUAUUUCAGACAGUGCAUGGGUGAGCCCGAUUCAGUGUGUGCCUAAGAAAGGCGGUAUGACAGUCGUAGAGAACGACAAGGGUGAGCAGAUCUCUACUCGCACGGUUACUGGGUGGCGGGUAUGCAUAGACUACAGGAAGCUGAACGCAGAGACAAGGAAGGAUCACUUCCCACUUCCUUUUAUUGAUCAGAUGCUAGAGCGGGUGGCAGGACAUGCAUUCUACUGUUUUCUUGAUGGUUACUCUGGGUACAACCAGAUUAUUAUUUUUCCAGAGGACCAAGAGAAGACUACAUUCACCUGCCCAUAUGGCACUUUUGCUUAUCGCCGUAUGCCGUUUGGUCUCUGCAAUGCACCUGCAACGUUUCAGAGGUGCAUGACUUCGAUCUUCAAUGAUAUGAUUGAAGACAUUAUGGAGGUGUUCAUGGAUGACUUUUCAGUUUUCGGUGAUUCUUUCGAGCGGUGUCUUCAUAACUUAGACCGAGUCCUGCAGAGAUGUGAGGAGACUAAUCUGGUUCUUAACUGGGAGAAAUGCCACUUCAUGGUGGAAGAGGGCAUUGUUUUGGGGCAUAAGGUCUCGAAAGAGGGUAUAGAGGUUGACCGAGCAAAGACUGAGGUGAUCGAGAAGCUGCCACCUCCACUCACAGUGAAGGGAGUUCGUGCCUUUCUAGGCCAUGCAGGGUUUUAUCGACGCUUCAUAAAAGACUUUUCCUCUAUAGCGCGUCCUUUGACCAACUUACUGGUCAAGGAUGUGCCUUUUGUGUUUACUGAUGCCUGUUUAGUUUCUUUUCUCAGGUUAAAGGAAGCACUUGUCACUGCCCCAGUCAUCUCCAGUCCAGAUUGGGAUCUGCCAUUCGAGCUUAUGUGUGAUGCGAGUGACCAGGCUUUAGGGUGCGUUCUGGGGCAAAGGAAGGAGAAGAAGCUGCACGUGAUCUACUAUGCAAGUCGUACCUUGGCAGGAGCCCAGCUGAAUUACACCACUACAGAGAAAGAGAUGUUGGCUGUAGUAUUUGCACUAGAUAAAUUUAGGCCGUAUCUGCUUGGCUCAAAGAUUAUCAUAUACACAGACCAUGCUGCACUUCGAUAUCUUUUUGCCAAGCAAGAUGCCAAGCCUAGGUUGAUUCGAUGGGUGUUGCUCCUGCAAGAGUUUGACUUGGAGAUUAGAGACAAGCGAGGCACAGAGAAUGUGGUAGCUGACCACUUGUCGAGGCUAGAGGUUCCUGAGCCAGUGAUAGCAGGCGAGGUCAUCAAUGAGCGGUUUCCUGAUGAGGCUCUUAUGCUCAUUAAGGAAACGAUGAAUCCAUGGUAUGCUGACUUCGCCAAUUACCUCUCUGCCAACAUCAUGCCAUCUGACUUGAGCAGUCAUCAGCGCAAGAAAUUCAUGUCGGAUGUCCGGCGUUAUCUAUGGGAUGAGCCAUACUUGUUCAAGGUUUGUGCAGAUGGUAUGAUAAGGAGAUGUGUUGCAGAGGAGGAGAUGUUGCCUAUUAUGACCCAGUGUCAUUCUUCUGAUUAUGCGGGUCACUACGGUUCAGCCAGGACGGCAGCACGUGUGUUAGAGAGUGGUUUCUUCUGGCCUACACUAUUCAGUGAUGUCAGAGAUUUUGUGCAGCAUUGUGAUAGGUGCCAGCGGACGGGCAAUAUUUCGAGACGGGAUGAGAUGCCUCUUUCUUCUAUUCAAGAGGUUGAGAUUUUUGACGUCUGGGGCAUUGAUUUCAUGGGACCGUUCCCUAUGUCAUACGGGAACCAGUACAUCUUGGUUUGUGUCGACUAUGUGUCGAAGUGGGUGGAAGCUGCUGCUUUGCCUACUAAUGAUGGAAAGGUAGUACUGAAGUUCCUGAAGAAGCUCAUCAAUAGAUUUGGGGUGCCACGUGCUAUCAUCAGUGAUGGAGGUUCACAUUUCUGCAACAGACAGUUUGAUGCACUGAUGAAGAAGUACAACGUCUACCAUAGAGUGGCGACUCCUUAUCAUCCACAGACUAGUGGACAGGUUGAGGUGUCGAAUAGAGAGCUGAAGCGCAUCCUUGAGAAGAUCGUGAAUAGCACACGCAAAGAUUGGUCUCUGAAGCUGGAUGAUGCGCUAUGGGCAUAUCGAACGGCAUUCAAAACGCCAAUUGGUAUGUCCCCCUACAGAUUGGUCUAUGGGAAGGCGUGUCACUUGCCUGUAGAGUUGGAGCAUCGAGCUUACUGGGCUCUUAAAGAGCUGAAUUUUGAUCCGAGAAUGUCUAAGGAGAAGCGUCUAUUGCAGCUGAAUGAGCUUGAUGAGUUCCGGCUGACGGCAUAUGAGAAUGCUAAGCUCUAUAAAGAAAAGACCAAGAAAUGGCAUGAUGCUCAUAUUGUACCUAAAAAGUUUACAGCAGGCAGUUAUGUGCUACUGUAUAACUCUCGCUUGCGUCUUUUCCCUGGAAAGCUGAAAUCAAGAUGGAGUGGACCAUUCCAAGUGCAACAUGUUGCUGAUCAUGGUGCCAUUGAGCUGAAAAACGCUAAUGGUGAGACCUUCAAAGUUAAUGGACAAAGGUGCAAGCCGUACCUAGGACCGUUGACUGACGAAGGAAGGGAGUGCUUCACUCUCACUACUCCAAACUGAUCCAGGUGAUUCACGGUCAACGCUAGUGACCUUAAACAAGCAUAUUUGGAAGCAAUUCCAUACUCUAUCUUUAUUUUUGCUUUUUAGUUUAUUUUGUUGAUUUUACCUUAAUUCGUAGUUUUAUGUUAUUUUUAUUAGUUUUUGCAUUGUUUUAUUUUCAUUUUAUUAGUUCAGAUUGAUUCCGGGGUGUUCGUGAUUUUUGAUGUGCAGGUUCGAGUCUUUUGCGUGCAAAAUAUGUCGUUUUUCGGCAGCUGCAGCAGGAGGCGCGUUGGAAGGCGCGCUGGAAGCAACGCGCCUCGCAACGCGCCCCUUUGUAAGAUGGGAAGGGCGCGAUGGCUUCAACGCGCCUCGCAACGCGCAAGCCAUCGCGCCUCCCUGCUGUAUAAAAAAAAAAUAUAUAUAGAGGCGCGAUGGGUUCAACGCGCCUCCCAUCGCGCCUCCCAUCGCGCCUCUUUAAAAAAUUGUGCAUCUGGACAGUUUUGUGGGCAAAUUCAUUAUUUUUUUCCUUACUUCUUCAAGCCGAAUUAGAAAGCCAUUCCAUCAUAUCAUUCUCACUGAAUUACAGUUUCAUUUUUCUCUUUACACCCAUCCUUUUCUUAACAUCCCCACCACAUUACAAAGCAUUUCAGCCCUUCCCACAUUCCCCUCACCCACGUUCAUCAAUUUUCACCAUGCCAAAAACCAAAAAUGCCAAUUAUCCUGAGAGUUAUGAGCCGAGCGACCAAGAGACGGAUAAUGACAGCCCCCCACAUGCUCCGAUAGUUCCAUUGACAAGGGGGAGGUCACGGGCAGCGUCAUCCAGUCAGGUUUAGGCAUCGAGGAGGAGAUUCGUCGUUAUCUGAACAUAUGGGGAUUGCAGGGACUUGAGGAUAGUCCACAUGACUCGUAUAAG